GGGACCACCUGCUGGCCAGGGAAGGGGGGGGAGAGAGAAGGAGCGAAGAAACCCGGACGUGUUCCUCUUAGUCAGCCAAGCAGUAACAGCCACCAGUCCUGACUCCGCCCACCUCCAACCCUCCCUCGCGCUCUUCCACUUCCGCACGGUAGCAUUCCUUCCCCUCCCCCCACCCCCGGCCUGGGGCUGCGGUGCAAGGAGAGAGACGUAAGCGCGAGGGGACGAAAAACAGCCAACAGCACCCGGCCAAGCGAGGGAGCGCGCGCCCCUGGCCGACGCAGGGAUUAAAGACACACAGGAGUCUUCAUGGAUAUAGUUGAUACAUUUAACCAUUUAAUUCCUACUGAACACUUAGAUGAUGCCCUAUUUCUAGGAUCCAACCUGGAGAAUGAAGUCUGUGAUGAUUUUAGUACAAGUCAAAAUGUCUUAGAGGAUUCGCUGAAGAACAUGCUCAGUGAUAAGGACCCUAUGCUAGGAUCUGCAAGUGCUCAGUUCUGUUUGCCUGUUUUGGAUAGCACUGAUCCCAAUUUCCAGAUGCCUUGUUCAACAGUUGUUGGACUCGAUGAUAUUAUGGAUGAAGGAGUUAAAGAAGCUGCCCGCAAUGCCAUUGAUGAAGAUGAUCUUUCGGCUAACAGGAAUUUGAGGGACCAAAUGGAUGGGACUUCAGUCAAAUCACCAAGAAAAUCUCCACGUUUAAUGGCACAAGAACCAGUACGAAGUCUACGGCAGAGUACAUUAGCCAAGCGUUCAAAUGUUCCACCAUCUGUUACUGCAAAGAAAUCCGCUGUAAAGACUGGAUCUGCCCAAAAGGGAGGACUGAAGCAGCAGGAGAAAGGGCAGACUAAAUGGGAAGAUGGUAAUAUCCGAGAGCAUUUGAAAGAGGUUGAGCACAUUAAUAAUGAACCCUACCAGCAUGAAGUGGCAAAAGAAGCAUCACAGCCGCCUUCAGCCAAUUCCGAAUGGGUUGCAUGUUGUGCAGAUUCAGAUGAAGUAAAAGCAAAUAGUGAACAUGGAAUUCCUAAGCAGGAAGAAAGAGAGGAAGCACCGCAUGAAGGACAAAAUGCUUCUUGUUUACCAGGGACCAGUUCCCCGGCUGAAGAAAUGGAGAAUAGGUCAGAAGUUGUAGAAAGUGAACAUGAUAGUGUUGGGGUGGGCUUGGUAUCAUCUGCUUAUGUGGAGGCUAGUUCAGUAAAAAAUAACAAUAUGCUUAAAAAAGGAGGAGAUGAGACUGUGGAGAAUAAAUGUACAUUCGAAAUGUCUUCAGAAGAAAAGACAGACAAUAAAGGAGAGGCACGGCUGAAUGAAACUAACAUGGAUGAUGAAAGUAAGGGAACUGGAAUGGUUGAUAUUCCAUUUGUUACUGGAACUUAUGAGAAUGAAAGUAAAAUUCAGGAAACUCUUACCGUUCAUUCCAACUUUGUGGAUGGAAAACCUGAAGACAGCUCAGGCUUACAGGCUAGUAUGGACAUGGGUCAUAAAAUUAACUUUCCAGAAGAAGACAAACCAGAACCUUUAGAUGACCCUAAAAAGGCUGAGUCAAAAGAUGAUCCUCCUUUAGGUAGCAUGGAUGUAGAUCAGACUGAGUCAAAAAGCAUAGAUACCACUUCCAAAUCAGAAACAAAUACUUUUGAAGGGGAUGCAGGUCAAGACAUUCCAGUCCAAACUGCACAUCAGGAGUCUGACAAUGUAAAUAUGGCAGAACACGAGACACUGGGAUUGCAGGAAGAUGAGCAUUCUAGCAUUUCAUCAAAAUGUGUAAAAAAUGUAAAGGUCAAACAUGCCAAGUCUAAGCAAGCUGCCCAGCAAAAAUUAACUCCUUUAAACCAGGAAGUACAUGCUAAAACACAAGAUCUUUCAGGGGUUCACAGUCAUUCUUCAUUAAGUCUGAAACGUCAUUCAGCAGAGUUGGAAGAACUCCAGCAUUUCCAUAAGCCAGUGAAAGUUAGGAAAAAACAUGCUGAUAAGGACAUGAAGGCUCAGAGCCAUGAUUCUGGAGUGGCUCUAAAAAAGGAGCCAAAUGUAGCAGGGAAAAACAUUCCACGGGUCCAAAUCCCAGCACAGGUACGGAAGCUAUCAACAGAGCGAACUAGUGCCAGGUCUUCCAGCCGUCAUGCUGCUUCAAAAGAAAUCACGCCCGUGGUGUCUGGACCAGCGCAUCCCAAGCAAGGGCCAUUGCCACACCACAGCCAGAAGCAACUACAGAAACACCAACUUCUAAAAACAAAUAAUUGCAUUAAGGAUGAAGGAGGGAAAAAGGAUUGCUCAGGAGCACCUGUAGAUUAUUUGAAAGAAGAUGAAAAAGAAAAACUGAAACUCAGAAAAUUAGAAAAGAGCCUUCAGCCUCGUCAGAGAAGAAGCAGCAAAAGUCUUUCGGUUGAUGAGCCACCACUAUUCAUUCCAGAUAAUAUUUCUACUAUAAAACGGGAGAGCUCAGAACACCUCUCUCCCAGUGAAAGCAAAAGUCUCUGGGUACCUAGUAAGCAGUGUGGGUUUUGCAGAAAGCCACAUGGCAACAGGUUCAUGGUAGGCUGUGGUAGAUGUGAUGAUUGGUUUCAUGGUGACUGUGUUGGGUUGAGUCUCUCUCAAGCACGGCAGAUGGGUGAAGAAGACAAGGAAUAUGUAUGUGUGAAAUGUUGUGCUGAAGAGGACAAAAAACCAGAUAUACUUGAUCAAAGUAUGCUGGAUGCACAGGUGAAACUGGAAACAGCAAAAGAAGGCAGAACAAUGGAAUGUGAAAAGCCUGGAGUAUCAAAGCAAACCCCUGUGUGUCCUCAAAAUAAAACGAAGCAGGGAGAAGAUUCAGUAAAGCACAAGGUCAAGAUUUUUAAACGGGAAUCUGGUGAUGGAAAAUCUAUAUCCGAGUGCAAAGAUUCUGAAAUGAAAAAGGGGCAGCAAAUUCCUGUUAGGAAAACAGGACAAAUGGCUACAGUUCAUUGCAGAUCUACUGAAGACAAACAUGAGAAAAUAAAUAGAGACAGUCUUAAUGUCUCUUGUUCAAGUGAAAGUACAACAAAAUCAGGUGCCCAGGAUAAACAGGAAGUCAAGAAAAAGAGAACAGAGAAAGGAGGAACAGCCAGUAGUGUUCACCCACCUGCUGCCUCUGCGUCCAAACCUUCUGCUGACCAGAUAAGACAGAGUGUUAGGCAGUCACUUAAAGAAAUCUUGGAAAAAAGACUUGCAGAUUCUACCCUGAAGAUUUCAGAAGAAAGGGCAGCAAAAGUUGCAACUAAGAUUGAAAAAGAACUCUUUUCCUUUUUUCGGGAUACUGAUUCUAAGUACAAGAAUAAGUACAGAAGCUUGAUAUUCAAUCUGAAAGAUCCAAAAAACAAGAUACUAUUUAAGAGAGUAUUGAAAGGCGAAGUUGCUCCAGACCAUCUCAUACGAAUGAGUCCAGAAGAAUUGGCUUCCAAAGAAUUAGCUGCAUGGAGAAAAAGAGAAAACAGACAUACAAUUGAAAUGAUAGAAAAAGAGCAGAGAGAAGUUGAAAGACGGCCAAUUACAAAAAUUACUCACAAAGGAGAAAUAGAAAUUGAGAGUGAGACUCCAGUAAAGGAGCAAGAAGCAGCUAUAGAAAUUCAGGAACCUACUUCACUUAAAAUGCUGGAGAAGAUAGAAGAGACUGAAAAAGAUAAAGAAAUUGAUGAAUCGGCCAAUCCUGAUACAACAAGUCAACAUAAAAACCAUUUAUUUGACCUUAACUGUAAAAUCUGCAUAGGUCGAAUGGCGCCUCCUAGUGAUGACCUUUCUGGGAAAAAUGUCAAAGUUUCAGUUGGAGUUGCCCGUAAACCAUCAGACAAUGAAGCUGAAAGCAUAGCAGAUGCACUUUCUUCAACAACAAGCAUUUUAGCUUCAGAAUUACUAGAGGAUGAUAGUGAGUUGACAAAUCCAGCACUGGUCUCUGCUUCAAGCUCUAGAUCAGAAACACCUGGCACUGUUGAAAGUGAAACACUAUUUCUGGCUCGUCUGAACUUCAUUUGGAAGGGCUUAAUCAACAUGCCAUCUGUUGCAAAGUUUGUUAUCAAGGCUUACCCGAUCUCUGGCUCUUUUGAAAGUUUGACAGAGGAUUUGCCAGAUAGCAUCCAAGUAGGUGGCAGGAUAUCACCUCAGACCGUGUGGGAAUAUGUCGACAAAAUAAAAGCUUCAGGGACAAAGGAAAUCUGUGUUGUCCGUUUCACCCCUGUGACAGAAGAAGAUCAGAUUUCAUAUACUUUGCUCUUUGCAUACUUCAGCAGCAGGAAGCGUUAUGGAGUAGCAGCCAAUAACAUGAAGCAAAUCAAGGAUUUAUAUAUUAUUCCUUUAGGUGCCUCUGAUAAAAUUCCACAUCAGUUGGUGCCUUUUGAUGGUCCUGGGAUUGAAGUACACCGACCCAAUUUGCUACUGGGUUUGAUCAUUCGUCAGAAGCUAAAAAGACAGUUCAGUGCAAUCACUAAUACAAGCUCUAGUCAUGCUGAAGAAGGUCCUGAAAAUUUGCUACCAGAAAAGAAAAAUAAACCAAGCAAAACUGAAAUCCUUCAUUCUGAAUUAGUAGAAAAGGAAGAAGAAAAUGACUUCUUUAACUCUUUCACAGCUGUGUUGCACAAACAGAGGAUUAAGUCACAACAGUCUAAUACAGAAGAUAUAACAGUGAAUGAACCUGUUGUGGAGAGCAUAAAACUUGAGCCACCAAAGCCCCUGCGGUUCCUUCCUGGAGUUUUGGUUGGAUGGGAAAACCAGUCUUCUGCCCUUGAGCUAGCAAGUAAACCAUUACCUGUAGAUGAUAUUCUAAAAAGCCUUUUGGAUACUACAGGGCAGAUGUCUGAACCAGCAGUAGAUCAGUUUGCUAGUACAGAUCUGCCUUUAUCAGAUAAACAGGCAAGCAUAAAAGAAGAAAAAAUGGACAUUCCAGAAAUAACUGCUGGCAUUGAAGAAACUAAGAGUAAAAAGGACAGCUCAAAAGAAUCCACUGACAGUAUCUUAGCAACUGAUACACCGGUAGCAGAUGUCUCCUUCUCUACAGGUAAUCUGACAAGUCUAAGUCUUAAGGGGAAACCACCAGAUGUUUCUACUGAAGCAUUUUUAGCAAACCUAACUAUUCUUUCACAGAACAAAGAAACCAAAGAAAUGACAGAAAAUAGUCAAAAGUUGGGUGAUACAGAUAACAUUUCUCAGGAAAAUGAAAGAACCACAGAUUUUCCUGUCCCAUCAAGCAUGGGGAAAGGAGCUGGGAGCAAUAAUACAGGUUUAACAGCGGUUGAUUCUGUGACACAUAAUAGUUCAAAAUCUCCACAGUUCAUUAAUUUUAAAAGGGAUCCAAGGCAAGCAGCUGGACGAAGCCUACAGAACAGUAGCUCAGAAAAUGAAGGCGACAGUAUUAAAACUGAAGAAAUGCAAUGCAGUCAACAGCCAGAGAUACCAGAGAUGGAACAGACAAAUGUUGACAAUAAGCAGCCUUCAGGAAAUGACCUGGCCCCAGAUCAGAGUGAGAGUCAAGCAUGCAAGAAGGCCUCUAAAGCUGACAGUGCCUGUUCCUCACAGCUGGAAGAUACAAAUCAGUUGCACAAAGAAGCACUGCUGCAAAACAUUGAGACAGUGCACACUGUCAGGCGAGGGUUACUGCCGCUGCCUCCGCCGUCAUCGUCGUCGUCGUCAUCUCAGUUUGAAACGGAAAAUUCUUGCCGUUCUGAGUUCAGCACCAAAAUAUCCAGUCCUGCUGCAGGUAGCAACUUCUCGCCAAUCAGGACUCCACAGCCCAAUUUCCAGCACACUAAAAGUACUCCACCUGGUUUUCCGUUCCAGGGAAAUGUUGCCCCUGCCUUCCCUCCGCAGAACAACCCCCUGUUUGGGUUUCCCCCUCAUUUGCCCCCUCCACUCCUUCCUCCUCCAGGCUUUGGCUUUGCUCAGCCCCCCUUGGUGCCUUGGCCCCCUGCUCUCCAUCUUUCAGGUCAGCCCCCGCAUUUUGUUGGGCCAGUUACACCAGCACCCCCCCUGGCCCACAAGCAGUCGAGAUUCUCAGGGCCAGAACACUUCUUUCAGAGUAGAGACACCAGGAGACCAGAAAGGCGUCACAGUGACCCUUGGGGCCGGCAAGCCCCACAACUGGAGAGGGCAUUUAGCAGGAGGAAAAGCGAUCAGCAUAGGCAAAGGUUUUACAGUGAAUCUCCCCACCAGAAAAAGGGCAGGCAUGACUGGGAGCCAGAGUCUGAAAGGAAUAGGCAUAGAGAGAGAAGCCAGGAUAAAGAAAGAGAGCGGAAGAACAGGGAGGAAGGGCAUCGGGACAAAGAGAGAUCACGGCUUUCACAUAGUGAUAAGGACGCUGAAGGCAAAUCCUCAAGAGAAAGUAGGAAUCCUGAAAAGAAGGAAGUGCCUAAAAGCGAGGAGCGCACUCAUGAAAAGGAGAAAGAGAGAGAAAAAAGCAGGGAGAGACAUAGAGAGCGAGAUAGUGAAAAGAACCGUGAGAAACAUCACAAAGACAGGGACCAUAGUGACCGAGGGAAAAGCAAAAGGUAAAGCAAAAGAAAAAAGGCACAGGUUGUCUUCUAAUGUUUUAAAUGAACAAGAUAUAAUCUGUUUUACAUACAUCCUAAAACUCUCUGUAAAAAAUAUAUAUGCUUGGGUAUAAUUGUGCCAUCAAUUCUCCUUUUUUAUAUUCCGUGUUUAGUGUUUUGUAGAAACAAGUCUGGUUCGGUAUCAGUCCAUGUACCAUUUAUUCAUUUUCUUUACUUUCUAUUGACCUAGGAGUAGAACUGAAUAGUUCCAACAUUUUACAUUGCUUGUAUAGUCAAGAUUGUAAGGGUUUCCUAUUAAUAUGCAAUAAAAGGCGCAUAAAGGUUCUUUGUCAGAUUUGACUUCAGUUGAGAUAUUUGCAGUCUAUAGUGGUUUGUGCUCUCUCUUUGAUGCUCUUCCAGUUAACUCUAAGGGUGGAUUCUUCUCAUUCUUCUGAGACGGCACUGGCUUUUUUAAAAUGGACUUUGGCAGAGCCUCAGAAACCAUAUUCAUAUUCAGUAUACAUAAGAAGCUGAAUGGCAGUGAAGACAUUCAGAAGAACAACCACAAGAAAAAGAGCAGUAUUGAUCAUCAGAUAUUUCCCACACAUCUGAAACAGCUUGUGAGCAGAAAUUAGAAGGCCACCUGGUUCCAGUUCGGUUGCUUUAGGGCACAUUUAUUUUAAUAUUUUACACCAUUAGCCUUUAUGCUAUGAUUUGAAUUAAUUUUCCAACCAUUUCCCAUGCUUUCAAAACUUGAAUACCUAAGCUUGUACAUGACAUUGUGUUUUACUAUCCUUUAUAUUGUAAAAUGUAAAUAUUUUAAGGGAUAUUUUGAUUCUACAAAUGAUAAAGCCUUCUCACAGCUGUUGUUUGUUUGAUUUUAAUAGAUGUGAAGCAAUAGGCUAAAACAAUAUAACAGAAUGAUGUAUAAAUGUGGCUUGGCUUUACAAUUCAUGACUGGUAAUUUUUAAUAACCCUAGGGUUUUUAAUAAAUAGAUAAGUAAAAAUUGUGUGACUUUCUGUGGAAAACUAUAGUAUAUUGCUAUUUCUGUCAGAUACCAUUGCACUGUUCUGUUCAACAACCUGUUCCAAAAUACCAAGUAAAAUUAAGAGCAUUGUGCAUAAGGAACCUUCUUGAGUAACUCACCUGAGCAAUGAACCUAAAUUUUUGCACUUUGGUAUCAAAAGAAACUUUCUUCCAAUAAUAUAUGAUUAAAACAAAUUGUUAGGCUAUUUUAAAAUCAUAUUUAAAUAUAACAGCCGUUUUGCAAACCUUGCACAUGGCUUUAUAUAGUCAAAUUAAAAAUGCUAUAUCAUA